AUGGCGGCUCCUCGAGGAAAACGGGUUUUAGCCAAGAAAUCCAAGAACAAAUCCGGCAUGAUUAUGCAGGGAUCCGAGUCAACUCUGGUCGGCAAAGGUCAAAAAGUGGCCUGCGAUUUGGCUUAUGUCGGAAAAAAGCUUCUGAGGAGCACCGGCAAGGCGGCGUGGAUCUCCGUCACGACGUUCGUGGUGAUUGGACUUCCACUCAUGUUUGCCAUGGAGCGUGAACAGCAGUUUCGUGAAAUGGAUCUUCAACAAGAAGCCCUUCUUGGUGUUCGUCCCGAAUCAGCCUAUUCCCCUGCAAUAACCGAUUCAUCAAAGAAGAUGAUCUCGUUGAGAUCUUCAGAUGGCAAGGUAUUCGAAGUCGAAGAGGCAGCUGCUGCCGGAUCAGAGAGGAUCAAGUACAUGAUUGAAGACAAUUGCGCUGGUAGUACCAUCCCUCUUUCCAAGAUUCACAGCCAGAUUUUGGCCCAAGUGGUCGAAUAUCUCAAAUUCCAUAGCAGCAGCAGUGACAGCGAGACAGACUAUGACGAAACUCUGAAAUCUUUUGACAAUGAAUUUGUGAAAGUCGAUCAGGGGACUCUGUUUAGCCUGCUCGAGGCGGCGCAUUUUCUGAACAUUAGAACCCUCCUUGACCUCACUUCUCAGGCCGUGGCGGACAUAAUCUCGAGCAUGACUCCCGAGGAGAUUCGAAAGACUUUCAACAUCCAGAACGAUUUUGACUCCCGAGGAAGAAGAGGAGACUCGCAGGGAGGGAGUCUGUUUCGCCUGCUCGAGGCUGCAAAUUUUCUGAACAUUGGAAGCCUGUUAGACCUCACUUCUCAGGCAGUGGCGGACAUGUUGAAGGACGCUCCUCCCGAGCCACCAGAGAAGCUCCUUGGGAUGAUUCCUGAGAAAUCUUUUAAAAGUUCUCUGAAUCAUCAUAAAAUCGAUGUCAUGUCGUCAAGCAAUGUUGGGUCUCGAUUGUUUGGUGACGAAGAUCCUUUUGUCAUUGUGAAUUCAGAUGAGGAUGUUACUGUUACUGCCGCCCCUCAGAAGAAAAAGAAGAAAAGGAUCGUGAAGGUGGGCGAUAGGGCAAAAUCCAAGAAAGCCAAGACGGACGCGCCCUCAAAGGAAACCACACAGCCGGACAUCGAGACGGUGCCCCUUGCCACCGAGUCUGUUCAGAAGCCUAUGCCGGAAGUAGAGCCAAGCAUAGUUCCUCCUGCGGCCAAAAAAGGCAAGGGCCCUCUCAAGGGUGAAGCGAUAAUCUUGCCCCCUCAGCUGUUCGAGGGUGGUCCGUCCGUGGCGGUCCAUACGUUUAGCAACCCACCGUCGAUCGAGUGUCCUGUUCUCGAGGAGUUUGCUGCUCAGCUGAACGAAGCUGACAGUUUGAGACUGAUAAGUGCGGCCUCGAUGGCCUAUCUAGUGCAGCUAAGGAAACUUCGAGAAGAUAUGGUUAUAGCUCGGGCGGAAAGGGAUGAGGCGUUGUUCGAGGUGGUUACUCUCGAGGAGAAAACACGCCAGGUACAAGUUAAGGAGGUCGAGAUCGUCGAGGUGCAGGCUAAAUACGACGAGCUCGAGGAGAAUAUGAGGUCGUUUGCCAGCCUGCACAUCUCCAAGGAGGAACUACAUCAGUGGUGUACUGCCUUUAUGAGCAAAAUGAUGUGUACAGGAGGGAUGGAGGUAGCCCUCGAGGAGAUGAACUUGGUUGCCACCAAGUGUGGUGCGCACCGAGUCGGCGUGCCAGGGUUGAAAAGGUUCGACCAGGACAGGCCGAUCAAGGCCAAAUGGUUUAAGCAGCUACUGAUGAAGGACCCGAAGAAAACCAUGCACGAAGCCAUGGUAAAGGUCUUGACAAGGUUGAGCCUCGAGCAGCUUCCUCUGUGGGGAACUUUGACUGGCGCCAUGGCGAAAAUGAGUUCUCCCGCGGAGAUUGCCUCGUUUCCGGGCGACGUUCCUGCUGUCCUGGCCAAGGGUCCAAGUGAGGAAGACCCUAUACCCGAGGUACCUGACGAAUAUAUGGGUAUUGAGCUCGAGGACGCCGACGAGGAAACCGAGGAGGACGUUGCUGAUACCGGCCCCUCCGGAGUUCAGAGAACCAUCGAGGACGCCUCCCAGGCCCCUUCCAAGGACCCUUCCAAUGACCCCCUCCAAGGCAGUGACGCUGAAAGUUGGACCGUUCACCGCGUUCACCACAUGGUGUUGUCAGAGGAGCAAUCGAGGGAGUUCCCAUUAUAUUCUAUGAUUACCGGGAUUCUGAGAAGUCAUGCUGAUGUGCACAGCCUCGAGACGGUGGUGCAUUUGGAGAACGACCUGCUCGAUGCCAUGAGGACGCACAAUGUAAAGGUUAACCAGCAUCUGAUAAAUGGGAUUAAAGGACUCCACGAGGAGAUGCAGCGUCGAGAGGUUCAAAGUCUGAAAGACCACAGUGACUCUCUGACUUUUGAGGCUGAGAUCCAUGAUGAGCUGGUGACCUUGGAGAAGGAAAAUGCUCGGCUUAGGGCCAGACAGCAGAUUACUAUGUCUCCCUGGUUUCUCGAGAAGCACCAGGUGUUAGCUCGAGUCCAGCACAUGAUUAUGGUUAGGACUCGCCGUUUCAUUGCAGCCAUGGAUAUAUUGAAAGAGAGAUCUCGUGAGAUCGAGCUUCUUACAGAUUAUAUUGCCCAACUGCAAAAUCUUCUGCUGGACAACAAUAUCGACUUUGAGGCUUUUGAGCGUCCGGAGGAAACUGUGGAUCCUCAAACUCGGAGUUCUCGAGAGGAGCUGUUGAUGAGGGUGCACGCUCAGGACACAGAGAUCGUGGACCUUAAGGAUAAAUUGAAUCAGUGUGUGAAUUUCCUUAGCCUGCAUGGGUAUAAGGGGAUUAUUCAUCCCUCCCCUGACAAUCCUGUCAGGGAGGCCGGAUGUAGAGUACACGGCUCUGUCAUAGGAAUCGGGUAUGAAUUCCUUGACUUGACACUGCGUUUUGCAAUGUGUGUGAGGAAAGUUCCUCGAGUUUGUGUCCGGAUGUUGAGUACACGGUUCUUAAGCGAGGAUGGCCCUAAAGAGGGAGUCAUCUCGAUGACUAGUCGUGAAUGCAUUGCUAUUAAUGAAAAGAAUAUGUAA